AUGCCUCGCCGAGACGGGGCAAGUCCCAAGGAUAGCGAUCUAAAUCCAUAUCCUGAAUAUCACCAACAAUAUUGGCCACCACCAGGAUCCGCAAACGGUGGCCAAGCACCCGGAAGCAGCAAUCUCAACCUGCCAGACCCUGCUGGUGUCAAUAGGCUAGCUUCUACAGCUUCGACAUCAACUACAAAGGCACAGCGGGGCUCUCCGCCGCCGCCAGAAACUCCCAUAGUUGCACCGGGAGAAGUACCUGGUGGAGGGAUAGAAGCUAGAUAUGCUGCUGCAGGAAUAGCAGGAACCUCCACAUUAAACAGCCUUCAAGCGCAAAAUGCUGCUGCACAGCAAAGAGCGAACAACUACCCCAAGCCUGACAGCCUAGAUCAGCGACCCGAGCCUAUUCGAAGAUGGACACCAACAGAACAACCGGGGAGUCAGCCUCAUGGACCUCCAACAGUAUACCAAGGCCCCGGUGAAGCAAUGAAUUCACCUCCGAUUGAGUCCCCAAUGCCUCAAGGCCACAUGGUUUCCCCACAAACUGCACAAUCGAGCGGGGGCCGUAUUGGACCGGACACAGUGGCUUUAGAGCAAGAUAUGCACAGAAUGCACGUCUCUGCUUCUCCUCCACCAGCAUAUUCACCUUCGAACUCGCAUGCAGCUACAGUGCAGGGCUAUCCUAACGAAAAACAAAGUCGACCAGUUCCUGCGGCCGCUGCAGCUGGCAUUGGGAUGGGGUCAGCGGCCGGAGCGGCAGUAGUAACUGCUGCAACACCCCAAUCGGCACACCCUGAUCAUCCGGCGUUCGCGAAUGACCCGAGACCAGAAAGCAGCGCCUCUCAGCGACCAGAGCAAACAUUUGCCACCGCUCAGCACGGAGCUUCGCAACAGCUGAAACCUUCAUCCUCCCCAGCAAACGACGGCGUUGGCCCAGCAGCUCCGCCACCGCUCCCUGAAGGAUGGAUUGCGCAUCUGGAUCCGAACUCAGGACAUUACUACUAUAUUCACCUACCCACGCAAUCAACGCAAUGGGAAUUUCCCAAAGGGCCCACUCCGCUAAAUCUGAACGAGCCACUUUCUCCCACAGGCAGCGUCAGCUACCACAAUCCUCUCGCUUCACCCGGAUUGAGUGUGCUUAGCGGAAAGCCACUGGCCUCUCCAGGGAUGCAGCCGGCCACGCCUGGAUACGCAGAGAGCAUCAUGAGUGCAACGCCUACGGUUGCCGGAUUUACCGGACCCCCACCAAGCGCAGGGGUUGACAUGUACAAGGUAGCGCCCACAAACGGAGUUUAUUUUGGACCAUACUUGAGAUAUACGAAUAUGGACCUAGAGCGAGGAGUUUGGCUUGGCUCAAUAUUGCUCGUGACGGACGCACCACAGCCUCCGACCAUUCAUAUUCAUCAAAGUGUAGACCUUUCGCCAAAUCCGCGGCAAUUGAAGGGCCAAGGUAUUUCUGUACAUCAAAGAUGGACUUUCUACCGGUACGAUCUCGACUUGCAAAUGGAGGAAGAGGGUAGUUCCAAAUGGACGUACGCUAUCACCUCACACCUUGGCUGCACACGCUAUGAAUUCCUCGUUGCUGGUAAGCAUGAGACGAAUUGGCGCUUCAUCGCUACUUCUGGUAAUGACUUCUCGCUAAACGUAAAUGCUAACGAAAGGACUCGCAUUGGCGGCAUCGGUUACAUGUGGAAAGACAUAAUGCAGAAACACGUUGAGUGCGGUGGCUUUCAUACGCAGCUGGGGCUUGGUGACCAAAUCUAUGCUGACAGGAUAUGGAAGGAAAUUCCAACGCUUAAACAAUGGCUUGCGAUGAGUGGAAAGGACAAUCGAAAGAACGCUCAAUGGACCGCCCAGCACGAAGAAGACGUAUCGCAUGCAUAUUUCCAUUACUAUACAAGCCAUUUCGAUCAGCCCUUUCUCCGCGAGGCUUUCGCCCAAAUACCCUACAUUUUGCAACUUGAUGAUCAUGAAAUCUUUGACGGCUUUGGUUCAUAUCCAGAAUACAUGCAAUUCAGUCACAUGUUCAAGAAUAUCGGCCGCAUAGGCAUAGAGAUGUAUCUAUUAUUCCAACACCACACAACGCUAGAAAUUCUACGCAACGUCAGCGUCGAUACCGAUAUCUUCACCAUCACUGGGACUGGCUGGCACUUCAUCAAACACCUUGGCCCGGCUGUUGCCGUUGUUGGACCGGAUUGUCGAUCAGAGAGAAACCAACACCAGGUCUUAGCUGGCCCAACUUAUCAAGGCCUGUUCCCCAAGAUCGCAAUGUUACCGCAGAGCGUACAGCAUUGCAUUUGGAUGAUUUCAGUGCCUUUGAUCUAUCCGAGACUAGAAGCUGCUGAGCAAAUUGCUCACACCGUCGCGACAGGAAAGAAGGCAGUCACAGGGACUUAUAAUCUCGUUGGCAAGCUAACCUCAUCUGUUGCAGGAGUGGUCGGAGCGAAAGGUGUUGUAGGAUCUGGUUUUGACUCUGUCAAGAAGGCUGUUGGCAAGUCAGGUCUCAUGGGCGGCAUUCUCUCCCCAUUCGGCGACAUCGACAUGCUUGACGAAUUACGAGAUCAAUGGACGCAUGAAUCUAAGGACCUGGAGCGCACCUAUUUAAUCCGUACCCUCCAACAAAUCGCUCACCAAAAGUCCAUCCGUAUGACCUUCCUCUCAGGCGCCGUCUCCGUUUGCGGCGCCGGUCUGGUUCAUGACCCAUCCAAACCAACGGACCACAAAACCAUGUAUCAGCUCAUCUCCUCCAGCGUUGUAAAUACUCCUCCUCCGUCGUAUGUCCUGAAAAUGCUGCACUCAUCCCAAAAACCUCUCUAUGUGCCGCAAAAUGGCCAGCGAAGCACCAACGCCCCAUCAGAUACGAAGGAAGACAUGAUGGAGAUCUUCACGCAGGAACCAGAUGGGAGGCCGAGGGAGGCGAAAAAACUGAUGGGUAGGAGGAAUUACGUGGCAAUUGUGCCAUAUGAUCCUGAAGCUGUGCAGGGCGCUUAUCCGCCCUCCACCCCAGGACUGCAAAGCAAAGCGGCAGGGAGGUUGAGUCUGGCGGUAGACUUUAUGGUGCAGUCAGAAGGACAGGCUGUAGUACCUGCCCAGGGCCCUGUACAGGCCGCUGGCGUGAAUAAGUAUGGGCCUGUUAUUGUGCCAAGCCUGGAGUUUGGACGAUAG